AUGACAGUGCACUGGCAGCAACAGUUGCUCAAGUGCGAGAUGAGUAGGGCGUCACGCUCUCCACACCACCGUGCGCGAGCGAGUGCAAUGGCCUCGCGGUCGGUCCAGAAGUCGGCGAUUCCCAUCACCAACCCGAACGCUGUCAAGCCUGUACCGGAGGCGAAUGGUGAAACAACGUCAGCAUCAGGGGCGUCAGGCUCUUCUCCCUCUUCGCGGUCUGCGACGUCCGCGACGACCUCUUCGCCGCGCAACACCGCCGCGGAGACUCAUCCGUCCUCGACCGUCGCGCCAAUCGCGGAAGCACAACGGCCCACAGCGCCCAAGCCGCCGGUUAAUACAUGGAGCUCAUUGGACAUGGGAGGCGUCAACAUCAAGAGCAUCCCGCGAACCUCGGGCCUGUUCUCGUUCUCGUUCCUCAUCAAUUUGUAUCUCAACCACAAUGCGCUGACGAGCGUUCCACCGGAGAUCGCUAGACUGCGGCACCUGGAGCUUUUGGAUCUGUCGGGGAACAUACUAUCGGAGCUACCGGGCGAGUUGGGUAUGCUGACGUCGCUCAAGGAGCUCUACCUGUUCGAUAACCAGCUGCGGACUCUGCCUCACGAUCUCGGAAGUCUACACCAGCUGCAGACACUCGGCAUCGAAGGUAAUCCCCUUGAGAGAACGUUGAAGAACAUCGUGCAGACCGACGGUACCCCGGCCCUCAUCUCGUACCUGCGUGAUAAUGCUCCGAGACCGCCGCCUCCUCCGGAUCGGAUUUGGAAUAACAUUGUCAGCGCGGCAGAACGCGAGGCAACGAAUGCCGAUCCGAACGUAGAAACGAUCAGGGUGUUGUGCUAUAACAUCCUCUGGGACAAAUGCGCGACAGAAAGGAUGUACGGCUAUACACCAUCCUGGGCACUCGCGUGGGAUUACCGAAAGACCGUGAUCUUGGACCAAGUCUUUGAGCCAGACGCCGAUUUCGUGUGCUUGCAGGAGGUCGACAAUGUCCAAUAUGAGGACUACUUUUUGCCACGCAUGGCGGAGAGGGAUUAUGAGGGUGUUUACUUCCCGAGGGCGAGAUACAAGACGAUGAACGACUCGGAGCGGCGAAUGGUUGACGGGUGUGCUACGUUCUUCAAGGGGUCCAAGUACACACUAGUUGAGAAGCGUGUCAUCGAGUUCAAUGCGAUCGCUAUGCAGCGUUCAGACUUCAAGAAGACGGAUGACAUGUUCAACCGUGUUCUCGGCAAGGAUCACAUCGCCGUCAUUUGCCUCCUGGAGAACAAGGCUACCGGUACACGCUUCGUCAUCGCGAACGCACACGUUUGCUGGGAACCGCAGUACCGCGAUGUCAAGCUUGUUCAAGUCGCGUUGCUCGUCGAUGAGCUCCAGAGGGUCGCGGACCACUUCGCGAAGUAUCCUCCUCGCCUCCCCACCCCUGCAUCAACCGGCGGCUCCCCUACCACACCAGGUGCAAGCGAACACAACGCAUCAUCGCGUCCACCGCCCGUCUACACUGACGGAACGAAGAUCCCGUUGAUCAUCUGCGGUGACUUCAAUUCGUUACCGGUCAGUGGCGUGUACGAGUAUCUUUCGACGGGCAGUGUGCCGCGCGACCAUGAGGACUUCAUGUCGCACCUGUACGGCAGAUACACGUCGGACGGCCUGCGGCAUCGUCUUGGCCUGAAGAGCGCGUAUGCGGCGGUGGGCGAACUCCCGCUGACCAACUACACGCCGAGCUUCAAGGGUGCGAUCGACUACAUCUGGUACUCGACAGCAAAUCUAUCGGUCAACGCCGUCCUCGGUGAGGUGGACAGGACAUAUCUGGAGAAGGUCGUGGGAUUCCCAAACGCCCACUUCCCAUCAGAUCACUUGUGCAUCGUAUCGGAGUUCCGCGUACGCCCGCCACGAGACCCUCAGUCUUCGCGUCUUUCUGCCUAG